GACUUUGUCAGUCGAGCAAAGCUUGCCGUCCAGAACAUGGUUCAGAAAGUCGGAUUUUUUGGGAUUCUAGCUUGCGCUUCAAUUCCGAAUCCUCUCUUUGAUCUGGCUGGAAUAACAUGUGGGCAUUUCCUUGUCCCUUUUUGGACAUUUUUUGGUGCAACGCUUAUUGGGAAAGCCGUUGUUAAAAUGCACAUCCAGAAACUGUUUGUUAUAAUCACAUUUAGCAAACACAUAGUGGAGCAGAUGGUGUCCCUUAUCGGUUGCAUCCCGGGUGUAGGUUCUUUGCUACAGAAGCCAUUCAGUCAAUACCUGGAAGCACAACGGGCCAAACUUCACCACAAAGCCGGGGAAGCAGCACCCGCGAGUGAAAACUGGCUGUCCUGGGUGUUUGAGAAAGUGGUGCUCAUCAUGGUGUGUUAUUUCAUUUGUUCCAUCGUUAACUCGAUGGCACAGAGCUAUGCCAAACGAAUCCAACAGCAGAAAUACUCGGAGGAGAAAAUAAAAUGAUAUUAAACGCAUUGUCCUAACAGGUACAGGGUAGAUUGUGCAGGGUAACGUUGUGCUCACAACCUGCUGUUCCAUUUUAAAGCUGCAUCUGUAAAACUGGCAUCAUUAAAGGGAGACCUAUUUAUUUAAUGUUAAACUUUUUAAAAAAAUAAAUACUUCAGUUAUUUACUUUUUUAGGAAGUACAAAUACAGUACCUGUAAAAGAUUUAGACUUUCAGAUGAAAUAUUGCUAAAUGUUGUUUUGUUAUGUUUUUCUGGUGACCAGUUUUCUGCUUUAAUGAAGUGAAGUGGUAUUCUGUGGUCUGUGAUAACCCAUUCCAUGAAAUAAUUAAUUAUGAAUACCAUUAAACAUUUAAUAAGGCCGCACUGUGAUCGCCAGUUGCUGGUAUUUUACCUAUGUUGUUUAAGGCCUUAUGCAACUUCGUGGGCCCUGCUUCUACUGAAGUGAACUGUGUUCUUGAAGGUCUGAUUUUUUGAUUAAAAUGUAUUGCUCUGUAUGGUCGUAGGGAUACAUUUGUUUGUUCUAAUAUUGAUAUUAUUAACAACGUGUAACUGGCAAGGAACUUUCUUGCCAUUUUUUAAAUUCUUAUUUAUCUCCAUAAUACUUGCGUUGUAUGGUUUUCUCUGUUUUACUAGUAUAGCAAUAUGAAGAUGACUAAUAUACAUGGUAUUUAAAAUCAUUGCACACCCUGUAAAUAAGUCUUUAAUUUGACUAUUUGCAAAGCUCCAAAACACAUGGUUCAUUUGUACGUGUACAUACAACGAUUUAACGCCAUUUCUGUUUUGUACAUUUAGACUGAGAUUUUUCAUCGGAAUUUAUAAAAAUCACUCUGACUCAUUCUACACCUCUUUUGUCUGGGUGUUUUGUUUCUUUUCCUUAUAUUCUAUUAUUUAUUUAUUUAUUUUGGGGGGGGGGGGGUUAGGUUUUAAACCACCAGGUUUAGAGACUGCUUUUAAACUGUAUUAUCCUAAUUUGCCUGUUCUAGUUGCGCAUGUUCUGCGCUGGUUAGAGUUGAGACAUAAAGAAAAAAAAAAAUACUAAACAUGGGAACAAAGGUAACUAACUGUCGUUGGACCAUGAGUGUAUUUUCUAGUUAAAGAGAAAUCAAAUCUUUUGUCUUGUGAACAGAGGUUGCUAUGUUACCUUUUUAAUGAUUUAUUUAUUUAGGGUACCGGUAAAUAGAUUUAAAUAGAUGGGCUAAAGUAGUAACUGGUGGAGCAGUGUAGUGCUAAAAAGACGUGUAUUUCUCAUCCGGUCCCAGGUAAGUUGUUUAUUGGGGAUUAGAACAUUUUGCAUUUGUGUCCCAUAGUGUCUGCCUCACUGUGACAUCUUCAUCACUGUUCCAUCCUGUCAGAUAGCUUAUCAGACUGGUGUUGGCUGUUAGAUCACAUGGCGACAACAGUCUGUAGGCUGUCUGACAUUUUGGGGUCUUUCAUCAGACCAGCAUCCUGCUUGUUCAACGGCUCUCCGUUCUCAUUUCAAGUGUGUUUAAAAGUUGAUUUCAUUAAAAGAAAAAUCUUUCAAAUCUACAUACUUGGCUUCAUUGAACAUAUAUGACAUGGCGUUUAAGUACAAUGCUAUUGUAGUGCAGUAAUUGAUUUACGGUUUAAUUUAGGAAUGAUUGACCUGUGAUUUUAAAAAUAAAUAAAUAGAUAAAUAAAUAAAUAGUUUGUCGCUGCAUUUUUACUUUAGCAGAGCAGUUGUGUUUAGCUUAGCUAUGCAAACUCUGACCUUGAAUUGGCUCCAGUACCUUUUAAAGGUGUGCUCCUUGUGAACAGUAAUCAUAUCCUUAUCACCCAGAAGAACGUUCUGUACAUUUACAGGAUUUGGCUGUUGAAUUUCCUGCGAAUCAAGGAGGAUAUCUAAUUGCAACAUCUAUAUUGUGAAACAGUGUUGUCAGGAGUGCAGUACAGUGAAUCUGCAUUUGUAGCUUCCCUAUUAUCUCAAAAAGUGCUAUGGUUGUAGUUUCGAUGCAUUGCUCAAUCCUUUCGUUUCAAGUUUAUUUUUUUUAUUUUUUUUUUGCCUUAGCGCAGCUUAACUUUUAAUGUUUAGCACGCAACCCUUCUUUGGCAAGGCUUUCUGUGCUUUUAGAGAGCAUAUAAAUACUGUGGAUGAAAUAUAAAGCGACAUAACAUUUACUAUUAGUGGAAAAGAAUAAUAAACAACAUCUUUUUUUUUUGGGGGGGGGGGGGGGGGGGGAGACUGUUUAAAACUCAGAUGAAGGAACUGUGAUGGAAAUAUUUUUUUUGGCAGAGUUAAGGCGAUGUCCUGUUGCACAAGGAUGUGCCGCUGAAUGCUUUGUACUGUUGUGUACGUUUUUAAAUAAACAUUUAAACCAA